AUCAAGUGGGCUAUCGAUGGAUGGGCUUUGGCAAACAAGGAUUUCAAUGUCAAGUUUGCUCGUAUGUUGUGCACAAGCGCUGUCAUGAGUACGUCACAUUCAUAUGCCCGGGCAAGGAUAAAGGAAUCGAUUCCUUUUCUCACCUAUUCCCAGGCCCAUCAGAUGCCGCACAAAUGGCAGCACAUCUCCUUCCUGUCACCGAUGUUUUGCGAUCAUUGCGGCUCGCUGUUGCAUGGCAUCACCCACAAAGGGCUCAAGUGUCGAGCAUGCGACAUGAAUGUUCAUGCCCGAUGCAAGGAGAAUGUGCCGAGCUUAUGCGGUUGCGAUCAUACCGAACGACGAGGGCGCAUCAAUUUGGAGUUGAAUGUGAAGGAGAAUUUGUUGACGGUGCAAAUCAAAGAAGGCCGCAAUCUCAUUCCAAUGGAUCCAAAUGGUCUCAGCGAUCCAUAUGUCAAAGUCAAACUAAUUCCAGAUGAGCACGAAAAGUCAAAGAAAAAGACGCGCACCAUUAAGGCAUGUCUGAAUCCUGUGUGGAACGAGACCAUCAAAUAUGAUCUCAAACCAGAAGACAAAGAUCGUCGUGUACUGAUCGAGGUGUGGGAUUGGGAUCGUACAUCGCGCAAUGAUUUUAUGGGCGCGUUAUCCUUUGGCAUAUCCGAAAUUAUUAAGAAUCCCGCCAAUGGUUGGUUCAAAUUACUCACACAAGAGGAGGGUGAAUAUUACAACGUGCCAUGCGCUGAUGCCACGCAGGAUCUGCUUAAACUCAAAAGUCAAAUGCGGAAAUCAUCGCAGAAGAAACCGCUGGUGAUGCGCAGCGAUACAAAUACACAGACACAAUCCAAAAAGGAUAUGAUACGUGCUACAGAUUUUAAUUUUAUCAAAGUGCUGGGCAAAGGUUCAUUUGGAAAGGUCAUGUUGGCCGAACGCAAAGGCAGCGAAGAUCUCUACGCCAUCAAAAUACUCAAAAAGGAUGUCAUCAUACAGGAUGAUGAUGUCGAGUGUACAAUGAUUGAGAAGCGCGUGCUGGCGCUGGGCGAGAAGCCACCAUUCCUGGUGCAGUUGCACUCGUGCUUCCAAACGCUAGACCGCCUCUUCUUUGUCAUGGAGUACGUCAAUGGUGGUGAUUUGAUGUUUCAAAUACAACAAUUCGGAAAAUUCAAGGAGCCAGUCGCUGUCUUCUACGCCGCUGAAAUUGCCGCCGGCCUCUUUUUUCUACACAGCAAAGGCAUUUUGUAUCGUGAUUUGAAAUUGGACAAUGUCCUAUUGGAUGCGGAUGGUCAUGUUAAAAUUGCCGACUUUGGCAUGUGCAAGGAGAAUAUUAUUGGCGAUAAGACAACAAAGACAUUUUGCGGCACACCCGACUACAUAGCACCCGAGAUCAUCCUGUAUCAGCCCUAUGGUAAAUCGGUUGAUUGGUGGGCCUAUGGCGUUUUACUUUACGAAAUGCUCGUCGGUCAGCCGCCUUUCGAUGGUGAAGAUGAAGAGGAAUUGUUUGCUGCCAUCACCGAUCACAAUGUCUCCUAUCCGAAGAGUCUGAGCAAGGAGGCAAAGGAGGCGUGCAAAGGGUUCCUCACCAAACAGCCUACCAAACGGCUCGGCUGUGGGCCCACCGGUGAAGCGGAUGUGCGCAUUCAUCCAUUCUUCCGACGAAUCGAUUGGGAGAAAAUUGAGAAUCGUGAAGUGCAGCCACCAUUUAAGCCGAAGAUUAAACAUCGUAAGGAUGUCUCGAACUUCGAUAAGCAAUUCACGUCGGAGAAAACGGAUCUGACACCAACGGAUAAAGUAUUCAUGAUGAAUUUGGAUCAAACGGAAUUUGUUGGCUUCUCCUACGUGAAUCCGGACUAUGCAGUGCCUGUUUAAGUACAGUUAAAAUAAACAAACAUACAUGCCAGCACUUGGUAAGCGCAGCAGCGUGGGAGUGGCACAGGAACUGAUAGAUGAAGGGUACAAGAGAGAAAGAGAGGUACGGAACACCGUGUGAAAGAGGCAAAGAAGGGAAGCAGAAAAUGAAGCGUCUAGUUGCUGCGAUGUUGUUGGAUGUGUGAGUGUUGGUAUAGAUGGUUUUUUUUCAACCGCACUGUGCGAACGUGUGAACAGCGUGCCAUUAUAAACAUUUUCAGAAUAAUUUCCAAAAAAAAAAAGCGAAGAAACACACACGCGUACAUACUCUCAGGAGAGAUGCAUACUUGUAGGCGUGUGCGUGUGUGUGUGAAUAUUGAGUAGUUUAUAAAUUUUUGCGCAAUUUAAAGCGUCAUUGCAGGAAAUUUGGAAAUCCAUACUACAAAUGGAAAAUUAGAGAAAAAAAUGUGAAAUGCAAAUUUUUUUCGAACGUUGUUAAUCUUUUUUUUUCUGUUUUUCUGCUUUAAGAUUGAAAAAACGCUACAUAGAAAGAUUGAAGAAAAGACAAGUAAAAUAUAUAUACUUUAAAAAUCUUUUUGUUCAAACUCUGUUAACUAAUUUUUAUUGAAAUUUAUUGUGCGUUUACAAAACUUACUGUUUUUUAAUUUUUCAUUCAAAAAAAAACUUUAUGAAAAGCAAUACUGUCGUUUUGAAAGCAAAUGUAUUAUACCUGCGUAAUAUUAUUCUUAUUAUUUGUUGUUGCUUUGUAUUCGUUGUAGUUAAGUUUAGUAAUCUAUUAUUAAAAAAACCGAAAAUAGUUAUAAAAUAAGUUUUAGAAAAUUCCACUUUGCUUAUAAGUAAAAUUGCGUACAUUCGCUUAGUCAUAAUAUUUCUAUUAAGAAAAUCGAGUGUAUUUGUUUUAGUACAAUAACAAAGGUGUUUAUUGCUAGGCUAUUUAAAUAAUUGACUAAACCACUUUUAAAUAAUUGAAAUUAUGCAAUAAAAAUAUUA